AUGAAGCAGGAUCUUAAGAAUGCCAACUUUAAACACACUCAUCUUGAGAAACAAAUAAGAAGAUUGUAUAUAAUAUUCAAAGAGCAGGUGGACUUAAAAAAGCAAUAAAGAUUGUUGGAUCCAAAACAAUCCUUAUAAAUAUAUACAUUUAUUUCAAGUCAUCUAAGAGAAUGUAAAUUGUAGAGGGAUAGAAAAGCUUAAAAAAAUAUUAAGUUAAAAUAUAAAUGUUUUUGUACAGAUUUUUUUAAAGAUGAUGAUACAUUUUAAAGUUUAGAGUAGAUGAAGCAAUUUGCUAAGGAAUUAAUUGGGUAGACAUUAGAAGAUGAAAUAAUUGAAAACUAAGACAUCGAUUUAAUCUUAAUAUAUAUUUAUUUCUUGGUUUAAAUUAAGAAGGUUCCAACAUAAGCAAUAUAUGAAGUGAUUAGAUUGUCUAUGAUGUAAAAAGAAUAAACAUUAAAGUAAUAAGCAAUAAUAAGAAAAUUGAAACAUGAUGCACUUGAUAAAUUUUCUGAAUUAGUUAGAAAGAAUGAUCUAGUAAAUUAGAAAUUUGUAUUUAAAAAAGUAUAUCUAUAUGAAGAAUCUUUGAAUGUGUUAAAAAGCAAUCUUUAGACUAUUGUUAAAUAAGAAAAAGACUUUUAUGCUUGUAUUCUCACAUAAGUGAUUGAUAUAGAUUUAAUAGUAAAUAUUGGUUUUAAACUUCUUGAGAAUAUUAAGGUACUCGAAAAGUAAUUGCAAUUAUUAUACAAAACGAACCCAUAAAAUAAUGAGUGUGAUACAAUCUACAAUAUAUUUCACAAAUACAUUCAUUACAAUAAGUUGAGACCCAAAUUAUAUAGGAGAGAUGGCUAAAUGAUGUUGCAAUUCUUAUAAUCGAGUGAAAGAAUAAUCUAUGAUCCAGGUAGCUGUGUAAUAUAAAUUACAUUGCUCCAACCUAGGGGAAAUGUUAUCAGAUACACCAGGACUUUUCAAAAGGCUAUAGGUUACAAAGAUGAAGAAAUUUAAGAUCAAAAUAUCAAUAGAUUUAUGCCCUAAAUUAUUGCCAACGAUCAUGAUUUAUAUUUAGAUAAUUUUGUAGAGAGAGGCAGAAUCAACGUUGUUCGAAAUGCAGUUAGAGUGAUUUUAGGGAAAACCAAAUCGCAGUUUGUUGUUCCAAUCAAUACAAGAUUAAGACUAGAAGCCAGCACUACUGAAUUUGGUGCAACUGCUCUAAUAACACCAGUCAAUUUCACAUACGGAUAUAUGAUGUUAAAUGAACAGGGCUAAAUUGAAGAAUUGACAAAGAACUUAUUUGAUGAUGUAUUCGAGAAAUAUUUAGGAGUUGAACUUGAAUCUGUUAGAGGAUUAGACUGUUUAAUUUUUAUUCCAGAAUUAGCCAAAAUUUGGGAGAGUCUUUUUAAUGAACACUUUGAAAAACUAGACAAACGAUUAGAAUGCCAUUUAAUACUUCCUUAGUUAUUUAGAUAGAACUCUAAAAGUUUACAAAGUUCAAGGACUACUGUAGUAAGCAAAUCAUUAUUACAAUAAAAUAUCAUUAGAUCAUUAGAAAAUUAUCCAUAAGAUAAUGUCAUAUACUAAAUAUCAUUACAUCUCACGAGUCUGACCACAAUUAAUCUAAGAUUAGUCAUUUUAGAAAUGCCAGAAUACAAGCAGAUAUAAAACUAAAAAGUAACUAGUCGAUAACUAAUUUAAUUAAGACACAGAUCAUCAUAAUUAUUAAACUAUUCAACUUAAAAUGAUGUAUAUACAUAGAAGGCUGACCUGUUGACUUCAGCAAAAGAUAUAUUAUUUAAUAGAGAUAUAGAUGAGUGUGACUUAGAAUAUGAGAAUGCUAUUGAAGAAAUAAAAAUGGUUGAGGAUUUAAGAAAUCAAUUGGCAUAAAUUAAUAUGAUUAAUACUGCUCAUAAUCAAAACUCGAGUAAAAGACUGCUUUAGAGUAGUGAUAAUUUUUUUGAAGAAAGGGUUAUUGAACUUAGACAGAAUAUAAAUAUAUCAGAGAAAAGCAAUGAUUUGAGUGAUAGUGAGUCUGAAUUCAAAUAGAGGAUUUAAGAAUAGAAUCUAUAAUAUAAUUCUGGGUCAGUUGGGAGUAGAUCGUCCUAAAAUAAUACUACAGCUUUGAAAAGAUAAAUGAAGGAUUGUUUAUCAGAUAAUAGAGGUUUGAAUGUUCAAACCAAAUUAUUUUUAUUAUCUACAUACAUUUUAGUUAUUGUAGGAUAUUUUGUGAAUUAUUUGAUAUUAUAUUUCUAGUUUGAAAGUAUCAAUUAAGACUAGAAUUAUGAAUAACUUCCAUUUUAAUUUUCUUAUUUUUAUAAUGAAUUCGUUAUAGCUUAGUCAUAUAUAAAUGCUGACGAUUUCCAAUUUGGAAAACUAAGUGAGGUAACCUUAGAGUUUUUUGUGGAUAACAUCAAAGAUAUUGAUUAAACAAUAGCAAGAUUGCCACAUAUUAAUACGAUUAACAAUUUAACAAUGAAAAGCAGGAUGAUAAUUAUUUUAUCACAACUAUCGAAAGUGUAAAGAAUGAAGGAAGAGAUACUUUAUUCAGAUUUUGUGAAUAACACAGAUUAGUUUAAUACUCAAUUCGAGAUCAUAUAGAGUGUCCAGUCUAUCAAUUAUUCAAAUGAUCUAGGAAUAUAUGUUCUGAUUGAAGAGCUAGUGUUAAUAAUAUUUCUAACUAGAUAUAUUUAUCUAUGUGUUAAAAUAAUUUAGAUGAAAACUAAGAUAUUUAAAUUGUUUUGCACUUUCUCUAAGGAAGUCAUAUAGGAAUAGUUUCUACAAUUUAGUUCCUUAUACAAUUAGUUAAACAAUACAAAGUUUAAGAAUCACGAAACUGAUGAAGAGCAAUUUGAAACAACAAUGAUGCGUUAAUACCAAAAAACAGUCACUUCCAACAUGUUAGAUAAGCAUAAUAAAGUUGGAAAGCAGAUUUCAUAUAAAUGUACGUAAUAUUUUAAUAUACUUAAAUAGAAACAAAUUCUGCUUAGAUUUUCUUCUUUUUAUUUAUCUUUAUUUAUGCGUUUAUGUGUUCCUUUUACUUCAUUGGCAACUUUAUCGACAGUCUCUGCAAGAUACAACGAAAAAACCCAAUUUGAGAUAACCAACAAUUACCUAGCGUUGUCUUAUGCUGAAUAGGCUAUUAUAUUGAAUUAGACCAUUUAAUAGGAUGGUAUAGAUAGAUAAAAUAAGACUGUUGAAGUCUUGAAAUCACUUACAACGAAUCUAGCUCAAUAUUAGGAAAGUUCGAAUACUGAAAUUUAUGAUAUUCUGUCUAAUAGCAUUUGUCAAUUACUCUUCAAAUCCUACCAGUACAGUUAUGAGGAGUAUUCCAAUCUAUUUAGUUUUGAAUAGUGUCAAUCUUAUUCCAAUCUCGAGAAAGGCUUAACUUUUGUUGUUUAAGAAUUAUAUUCCUAUCAAUUCGAGUUUUUGCAAUUACUUUAAAUUAAUAAUUAAUCAAUCUAUUCUUAUUAAGAGUUCCUAAAGAAUUCUUAAACAUAAGUCUAGAGAGUAUAUGCUUAGUAUGCAUUUCUAGUGAUAAUUGAAAUGUUGAAAAAUAAAAUUAAGACAUUGGUCACUUCAACCCUUGUAAUAAAUUCGAUAAUGCUUGGAUUUGCAAGUAUUAUCAUGAGUGGUGCGUUAUUGAUAACAAUGAAGACGAUUGAAAAAGUAAAGGAACAAUACAAACAAAGUAAGUAAUUGCUCACCCUAUUUCCAUUUGACAGACUGAUGGAAAAUGCAUAUGUUGUAAGUUUCAUUAGUUAAGACUUACAUUUUUCGGUUUGA